CGAAAAAUGAAAUAACAAUAAUUAGACUCCAUCAUGACACAUUUUUUCCUCCAUCAGGCAUAGAGUUUUUCUUCGUCCUUGACUUUUCGGAAAUGACUUGUUGACCUCCUUCCUUGUUUAACAACUUGAUGGGUAUAACAUCGAUCUCUUGCGCCACCAGUCUUGUUGCCAUAUACCUUAUUAUGUUAUCAACACAAUCUUCUCCCUAGUAGACAAAGACAAGAAUAAUAGAAGAUGAAAUUUCGUCCGAAGUCGAAAAUCACGCGCGGAGCCGUCCGCAGCGGUGGCCUUGCGAGUGAUGAAGGCUUGUUCUGCAGCGAGACUGCUGGGGAUGACGAAAUGGAACACGGCUUCGACGCCCUAGGACGCAACAAGUGCCAAUGCUGUAUCGACAUUGGGUCUUUUCGCAUAAUGAGUCGUGCGAUGGUAGCUCAAGGAAUGGCAGCAAGGGCUGGUGCGAUUCCAGACGUGAACAAUGGAGGUGGUGCACCCCCAAACUUGCCUGGAAAUGGUGGUGGAUCGAUGGCUACUCCUUCAUCAAGUUCAAGAAAUGCAGCAACUGCUAGUAGCGCAAGCACCAGCUCAAGAUUACAGCCGCUUCGUGGUGAUACAACAUCAACAUCGUUGGGCUUUUCAUCUUCAACGGGGGCACCAUUGCAGAUUCCGCUGCAGGCACAAGGAAGCAAUACAACUGCUCGCUCCACCGCUAACGGGAUGAUAUUGGGUGGUAGGACGUACUCAAAUAAUGGCGAUGGUCAACCUGUUAAUACCACUUCCUCGGCUUGAUCAAAUACACUCAUGGGUGGAGCGUCUUGCAGCCCUUUCGGCGCAGCGCCUGUUGUUGUAUCAGACGUCUAUACUUCAAGCUCUGCUAGGAUGCCAACAAGAGGAGGUGGAGGAGCAAACGACACGUCAGCAAGGCAGGGAACUGGAGCAAAUUCUCCGGUCGCGACACGUGGCAGAGCUGCCGCUGAGGAUAGUGGUAAACGGCAACGCAGAGACAGUUCUCCGAUGAAUUUCGAGUUUGAAAGCGAUUCCUCAGAAGACGAAAACUAUGACUAUCAAGAAGAAGAAGAGCUGCAAUAGCAAUAGACUUUGAGGACACAGCGGAAUUCCUCGGUCUUAGAAGUUAGACAUAUUUAUUAAAGCUCAGCCUUCAAUGGUCACUGACUCUGAACGGAAGGGACCCCCUUCAAAGCUCUCCCCUUUCCCUUCGUUUUCCCCUGUUCUCUCAAGGGGUCGCCUCUUCGAUCUCAGUGACCAACCCCCGUGACCAUUGAAAGCUGAGCCUUAAACAUAGUACUCCCAGAACAAAUGAUCUAAUGAACGAUAACACAGUCCACCUUUUUGGAGGAUGUUUCUUUGGGCUGUAUUCCCCUUCCACUUACACAAAUACUUAAACUUGUUCACGCAAGCGCGCAUCGAAACAUCAUAAUAAUAAAGCCAACAAUAGAGCCAA